AAAAACAAAAACAAAAACAAAAGAAACACACAGUUACACACACGCAUACAUAUAUCUAUAUGUGUAUGUAUUAUUAUAUGAAAAUACGUACUAGUAGUAAAUAAAUAUACCCACCUCUUUCUCUCUCUCUUUGUUAGGCUCCUCUCUCUUUUCCGGACAUGACAUGCUCUCAUCUGCACCACUAAUUCUCACAACUAUCAGAUCGAUGAUUUGAUUGUUUCGUUCUUAAUCUCCGGGGAGGGUUCUGAUUCGAUCGGUACGAUUCUCUUCCCUGCGGUUCUCUCUUGGUUUUCUAGGGUUUUGUGUUCGGAUUCCGGAUCGGAGAAUGUUGACUGCGAUCUUGUUUUCGGGCAGGUAAAUGACUUGUUAGGGUGUAACAGUGAUCAAAGUUUUUAGCAAAUGGCUUCUGUGGGUGUAGCACCGGCGUCUGGUUUGAGAGAAUCCAGUGGCCAUACUGGUGGUGUUGAUAGAUUACCUGAGGAGUUGAAUGACAUGAAAAUUAGGGAUGAUAAGGAAAUGGAGGCCACAGUUGUUGAUGGUAAUGGAACAGAGACAGGUCAUAUAAUAGUGACAACAAUUGGUGGUCGAAAUGGCCAACCGAAGCAGACUAUUAGCUACAUGGCUGAGCGUGUUGUCGGACACGGAUCAUUUGGAGUUGUGUUCCAGGCGAAGUGCUUAGAGACAGGUGAAACUGUGGCAAUAAAGAAGGUUCUUCAAGACAAGAGAUACAAGAAUCGAGAGUUACAAACCAUGCGUCUUCUUGACCACCCGAACGUUGUUUCUUUGAAGCAUUGUUUCUUUUCUACAACUGAAAAGGAUGAACUUUAUCUUAAUCUGGUACUCGAGUAUGUUCCUGAGACUGUUCACCGUGUAAUUAAACACUACAAUAAGUUGAACCAGAGGAUGCCAUUGAUAUAUGUGAAGCUGUACACAUAUCAGAUCUUCAGGGCGUUGUCUUACAUUCAUCGCAGUAUUGGAGUAUGUCACCGGGAUAUCAAGCCUCAAAAUCUUUUGGUGAAUCCACAUACCCACCAGCUCAAACUAUGUGACUUUGGAAGCGCUAAAGUUUUGGUAAAGGGGGAGCCCAAUAUUUCUUACAUAUGCUCUAGGUAUUAUAGAGCACCCGAGCUUAUAUUUGGAGCAACUGAGUAUACCUCGGCUAUUGACAUCUGGUCUGCUGGCUGUGUUCUUGCUGAGCUGCUUCUUGGACAGCCUUUAUUUCCAGGUGAGAGUGGAGUUGACCAACUUGUUGAGAUUAUCAAGGUACUGGGUACGCCAACAAGGGAGGAGAUUAAAUGCAUGAAUCCCAACUAUACAGAGUUUAAAUUUCCACAAAUUAAAGCUCAUCCGUGGCACAAGAUAUUCCAUAAACGCAUGCCUCCAGAAGCUGUUGAUCUAGUUUCAAGACUGCUGCAGUACUCUCCUAACCUACGGUGCACAGCUCUGGAUGCUUUGACCCACUCCUUUUUUGACGAGCUACGUGAUCCGAAUAUGCGCCUGCCAAAUGGACGAUUUCUCCCUCCACUAUUUAACUUUAAGCCUCAUGAGUUGAAGGGGGUGCCAGUGGAGAUUCUGGUGAAAUUAAUACCAGAGCAUGCUCGAAAGCAGUGCCCCUUCCUUGCGUUGUGAUUUGAUGAAGAAUGUUACAAAUCAACGAGUAUUUCCAUAUGGAAAGCUUUGUGUUUCUUCUCUCUAUCUAUGCCCAUAUGUUCUUUUUCUUUCUUUCUUUCUUUUUCCCCCCUUCUAAUGUUUCGAAUUUGUAUUAUCUUGUUUUGUAAAAGCAGAUUUAGGAAAUGAUGCGACUUAAUUUUGCCCAAGCCUCAUUGGGUGUUAUGAUUACCCUGUUUCUGUAUCUCCAACAUAUUGUAACAUUACAUGGAUAAGUAUGAACAUCUGUCUAAAUAUAUUUGAUAUUGGGUUUCCAGUGUA